GGAGAAGAGACGAGUGGGAAUGGAAUUAUAGCAGGAGAGAGAGAAAGAGAGAGAGAGAGUGUGCGAUAAAGCUAGAAUGAGAGAGCCUGGAUGGGGGGGAGAAGGGAAGUGAAGAGAGAGGAGCGCACAUGAGCGACUCCAACCGUGAGAGAGAGAGAGAAGAGAGAGAGAGGGAUAUAGCUACAGCGCAGUGACCUACAGAGACAGAUGAGUAAGUGCUGUGUGUGGAGUGUUACCACCGUAUCUUGUUAUCAAGGAUCCCAUUAAGAUGGUCCCGUAGCCCUUGCGCUCCAUAUCUGGAUAUUUCUACUUCCAUGUGGGAUGAGCAGCUGCGCUGAGCGAGAGAGACCGACAUCAACACCAUGAGGUACUCACGGAACGGAGGGAACGAGACACGAGAGAGAGGUGUUUGAGAGCAGAAAGAGACAGGGAUGACACUGAUAACAAGCGCGAGAUGCUGUGCGAGGUGGUGAGAGAAGAGAAAAGGAGGUUUAGAAUGAGGAACGAGUGGAGGAGAGGUGUUUUCCUGAAAAGUGAAGUUGGGGGUUUGUGCCUCUGUUGAGGGACUCUACAUUAACCCAGAUUCUGCUCACUUCGGGCUAGUGCCACAAGGUGAAGUCAGUGUAGUGUGAGAGGGAGCCCUGAGAUGGCGACGCAAGGGCUGGCGGCACGGCUCUUGGUGCUGCUGGUCGUGUUGGCGGUGGCUCACGCCUCCAUCUUCCUGUCCAAUCAGAGACUGAAACCACGGUUCCAGCGAGACCGGCGCAACAUCCGCCCCAACAUAAUCCUCAUCCUCACUGAUGACCAGGACAUUGAAUUGGGCUCCAUGCAAGUCAUGAAUAAGACCCGGCGGAUCAUGGAACAGGGUGGAACGCACUUUUCCAAUGCGUUUGUCACCACACCCAUGUGCUGUCCGUCACGCUCCUCCAUGCUGACGGGGAAGUACGCCCACAACCACAACACCUAUACUAACAACGAGAACUGUUCUUCACCCUCCUGGCAGGCCCAACAUGAGCCACGCACUUUUGGAGUUUACCUCAACAGCACUGGCUACAGGACAGCAUUCUUUGGGAAGUAUCUGAAUGAGUAUAAUGGUACUUACAUUCCACCGGGCUGGAGAGAAUGGGUCGCCAUGGUGAAGAAUUCACGCUUCUACAACUACACUCUGUGCAGGAACGGCGUCCGAGAGAAACACGGAUUUGAGUACGCAAAGGACUACUUGACAGAUCUCAUAACCAACGACAGCAUCAAUUACUUCCGCAUGUCAAAGAAGAUCUACCCACACAGACCCAUCAUGAUGGUGAUCAGUCACGCUGCCCCUCAUGGCCCGGAGGACGCGGCCCCUCAAUACACCACUGCCUUCCCCAACGCUUCACAGCACAUAACGCCCAGUUAUAACUACGCCCCUAAUCCAGACAAACACUGGAUUAUGCGCUACACCGGCCCCAUGAAGCCCAUUCAUAUGGAGUUCACCAACAUGCUGCAGCGCAAGAGACUGCAAACGCUGCUGUCUGUGGAUGACAGUGUGGAGAAGAUAUACAACAUGUUGGUAGACACAGGGGAGCUGGACAACACAUAUGUGAUCUACACGGCUGACCACGGAUACCACAUCGGUCAGUUCGGACUGGUCAAGGGGAAAUCCAUGCCCUACGAGUUUGACAUCAGAGUUCCCUUUUACAUCCGUGGCCCGAAUGUGGAGGCAGGAGGCUCCAACCCCCACAUCGUGUUGAACAUAGAUUUGGCCCCCACCAUCCUGGACAUUGCAGGGAUGGACGUUCCACCAGACAUGGACGGCAAGUCCAUCCUCAAGCUCCUGGACACAGACCGCAUGAUGAACAGGUUCCAGCUCAACAAGAAAGGAAAAGUGUGGAGGGACUCGUUCCUGGUGGAGAGAGGAAAACUGCUGCAUAAAGUCUUGAAUGAUGGGAAGGAUAUGGCCCAGGAGGAAAACUACCUACCCAAAUACCAGCGCGUUAAAGACCUGUGCCAGCGCGCAGAAUACCAGACACCAUGUGAACAGAUCGGUCAGAAGUGGCAGUGUGUUGAAGACGCCACAGGGAAGCUGAGGUUGUCUAAAUGCAAAGGCAUGGCCAGUCUGUCUGCAGUCCAGAAGCCGUCUGUAUCCAGCAUCAAAUCACAGAUUUAUCUGCAGAGCAUGAGUGCUGAUGUCAGCGUGAACUCGGAGCCUCAAGGCUGCAAUUGUGAACCCAAAAGCUACAGACUGAGCACCUUCUCCAAGAAUAAACUGUUCUCCAAAAAGAAACUGAAAUCACUGAAGAGCUACUCCAGGAAUCGCUUUGCUCGUGCUGUUACCAUGGAGAUGGGAGGAGACCUGUAUGCAGUGGACCUGGAUCAUGAAUACAGACCCUCAGGCCCCAGAAACCUCAGCCUCAGGCUGAACACAGCGGAUGAGGACGAGUUCAGCGGUAUAGGACCUACUGCAGAGAGCCAGUCCAGCAACAGCCUUGCUGUGCCCUCCUCUAUUAAAGUCACUCACAGAUGUUCCAUUUUGGCCAAUGAUACAGUAAAAUGUGACGUUGGCCUGUACAAAUCACUGCAGGCAUGGAAGGACCACAAGCUCCACAUUGACCACGAAAUUGAAACACUCCAGACGAAGAUUAAAAAUCUUCGUGAGGUCAGAGGUCACCUGAAAAAGGCACGACCUGAAGAGUGUGACUGCAACAAAUACUAUUACAAGUCCAAGUACAAGAGUAAGCUGAGGAAAUACAAAGCAGGAAGUGUCCAUCCUUUCAGGAAAGGACAAGAGAAGGAUAAGAAGGCCUGGAUGUUGUUGGAACAAAAACGCAGAAAGAAGCUGAGGAAGUUACUGAAGCGCCUGCGUAACAAUGACACCUGCAGCAUGCCUGGCCUCACCUGCUUCACACACGACAACCAGCACUGGCAGACCGCCCCCUUCUGGACAUUGGGGCCCUUUUGUGCAUGCACUAGUGCAAACAACAACACCUACUGGUGCAUGAGGACCAUUAAUGAGACACACAACUUCCUGUUCUGUGAAUUUGCCACUGGAUUUCUGGAGUACUUUGACAUCAACACAGAUCCAUAUCAGUUGGUGAAUGCAGUGAACACACUGGACCGGUAUGUUCUCAAUCAGCUGCAUGUUCAGCUCAUGGAGCUCAGGGGCUGUAAGGGACACAAGCAGUGUAACCCUCGCACACGCAGCCUUGACAUUGAGGACAGAUAUGGGAAGGAUGGGAAGGAUAACUCCUGGAACGAGGACGUCCCGGAAGACACCAACAUGUUUCCCGGCGAGCCGAACUGGUCCGAACUUGAACCUUUGUACAGACUUGAUGAGCACGCCUACGAUCUCAAACUCAACUUCACCCUCAGCCUCGAGGACUGGGCUCAUUUCAGCCGCUCCGUGGACCACAUGUUCACGCUCCUCAGCAACGACAACCAGCCGUACUCUCCGCCCCGCACUGAGGACGGACAAACAGGAAGAGGCCACGCUCUGGUGUCCUCCAGCCAAUCCGCUUCAGCCAUCUACCUGACCACUCUGGCCACGCCCGCUCUUUUAUUGAAGGAAGCUGGCGCUGAGGUCUUGAGAGACGCUUUGGGGUUAAACCAAGUGGAACGUCCCUCUUCUUCUUCUCCUCCUCCACCUUCAUCGAAUCCCACGCGACCUGUCGCGUCGCAAGUGGACAAUGCGGGCUGGGACGCUCCUCUUGGAGAACUGAAAGAGGACAGGGAGAAAGAAGGGAGGGACGGUGAUGAAGAGGAAGAGAGAAGGACAGGAAGUUUAAGCUCCACCCACUGUGACUGCAAUGACAUUUUGCAGGAAACGGAUUGACUCUCAUAUAACAAUCCUCUUUUUCAUACCGUCCCUCCUUAGACAAACGACUUGAAGAAAGAGGAUGUUUAAUGCCAGCGUACAGUCCUUCGGUUUGUUUUUCUACUAUCAUUUAGUUUCCUCCAUUAUCGACCGGCCUCAGAAGCGUGGCGACAUUUCCGUUUACAGUCGGACCGUUUUUCCAACUUGUCCAUGAGAUCGGCUAGGCUUUGAACAGAGCACAUUUUUAAUCUUUUAACUUAGAUUCUUUAUUCUUUCAUCUUUUUUUUGAUGGGAUUUGGGAAGGUUGGGGGUUAAAAUUCAUAGCAGUUAAACAAGGAUUAAGUUGUGUCCGUUCAUACUUGAUUCAGUUUGAAACCGGUUUUGCACCAUAAUCCUAGAUGGCUGCUUUUCUCUUUUUUGGUGUCUCCAGAAGGUUCGUGGGACAGUGUCUUUUACAGCCUUACAAUUUCACUGAACAACACCUCAAACAGGUCAAUGACGAAUGUGUGUUUGUGCGCUGUGCGAGUGUGAACACGCCGUAUCUGAAGUCAAAAGUGAAUCUGAGUGUGAUAAAACAGCUUUCUGAUUUCAUUUGUGGCUCCCAGUGUGUUCUAGCAUUUUUAAUAGAAAAAAAUCUAAAUUUCGUACAUUUUCUUUGCUGCUUAUUGCAGUGGAAUCAACUAACCUCCAAAACAAGAAAGAAAACAGUUCAUUUGAUGUAUCGAUCAUUAUUUGUAUUUGACAAACCUAUAUGUUCCCCAAAGCACAUUGAGAAAGAAAUUUUACCACGUCAUAUUUGUAACCUUAGCUUGUUCUUUAAACUUUUGCUAUACGCAAUGCUACUAAUAUCAGAGCAAAUAUAUGAAAUGGAUGUAUGUAUUUUACUGUGUGUUCGCAAUGUAAAUGGUUAAAGGAUAUUUUUUAUUACACAUUUGAAGCUAAACUGACCACCCGACAUAAAGAUAUCACUCCAGCUUCAGGUUUAUUUAUGCAACAUAUUUUUAACAGUUCUUUAAUACACAUAUUCAUUUUUUUUUUAUGGUGAUGUAUCUAAGAUUGUUUAAAUUAUUAAUCCACCUUCCUGAUGUAUUUCAUU